AUGGAGAACAACAAAGCCCGGCCGGAAUGUGAAGCCGUGGAAAUUCGUUGUAAAAAUAGCAGUGGAGCCUUCAUCUACGAGAAUCUGCAUUUACAAGUUUUUGAGUAAGUUAGUAAAAGAGAGGUGCUCCAAAUCCACUGCUGAAAUUUUUAAUUUUGAAGCAAACUUUACUACUUUAGGAGGAAGAAAGCGCCUGAAGAGGCUUCUUCUUCUCGGCCUGACGUUGUGGUCCUCCUAAUCGAUUCAAUGUCACAUUCCCAAUACAUCAGAUCGAUGAGAAAGACCAGGGAUUAUCUGCAGUUCACUCUGCAAUCAAUCGAAUUCCCAUAUGUAACAAAAGUUGCUCUGAACAGCAGACCAAAUGCCUAUGGAUUUUUGUUGAGCAAGUCAAACAUUUGCAACGUAUAUGUUUAGUAUUACAGAUGAGCCGAUUGAAAAGUAUGAAAAUAAAUUUGGAAUUUACACAACCGCCGACUUCAAGCCCAAACUUUGCCAAGUCGGAUUAGACAACCGAGAUUUUAUUGGGUUUGAUUUCAAUCGGAAUGGAUAUGUUACCUUGAACAAUGAAGAUUGGCAAUUUGGAGCAUUCUCUUGGCCUGGCUGCAAAGGAUUUGAAAGACCUUUUACUAACCACAGCAAUAAGUAAGGGCAUUACAAAAGGAAACUUUUUUAGACCGUUUAUAAUUCGAGCAACAGGCAAGGACUAUAAAAACUCAGUGUAUCAGAGAAAUUUGUAUCAAGGCGUUUGCAAAGAAGGGCAUCAGCACAUGCUUGAGUAUCUGAAGGAUUUUUUUGCAAAAUACGAAAGCACCCCAACAUUUUCGCUUUCCUGGUUUACCGACCUUGCCCAUGCUGAUCCAAAUGCAUUGUUUCGGGUUGAUGGGGAGUUCCUUGAGUUCUUCCAGAAGAAUAGUAAAAAGGUGCGGUUUGUAAAACUCUGACCGAGUAGUAGCUAAAGCCUCUAAUUUUCAGUUAGAAAACUCCUUUGUUUUGUUAAUGGGAGACCACGGAAACCGGAUUAAUGAUAUCCGGACUACAAAAACUGGAGAACGGGAGGAGAAAAAUCCAUCUUUGUCGAUUGUGCUACCACAAGCAAUACGGCAUAAUGAGAAACUACGAAAUCAAAUGAAAGAAAAUGCUGGGAAGUUGGUUACUCACUACGAUAUCUACGCAACAUUGCUGGAGAUUAGCCAGGUAGACUCUGCAAGAAAAUAUUUCUACGUGGUUUUGCUUAUUUAUUCACUUUUGAUUGUUUUCAGAACACUUAUGAUUCCUAUAAUGACCAAAAUUUUACAUUACACCAAUUUUCCUUCCCUAAUCGGACCCUUCUUGGCAGCUCUCUUUUCCAUCGGCUUCCAGAGCCACGAAAUUGUCUGAAUCUGGAUGUUCCCUUGGACUACUGCUUCUGCGAAUAUAAGAAACGUAUUUUCAACGAUACGAAGGUGAUUGCUCAGGCUGGACGGCUUAUAGUUCAAAGGAUCAACAAAGACCUUGCGGAUAGCGGAUUGACCUCAAGAUGUCGUGAGUUGACACUGGAUGAGUCUGACUUGGGAAACGCAUGGAUUUUCGAAAGCGGCGCUAAAUUCGGAGCUCAGAUCUUGAAGGUAGGUGGAUAAUGAUUGACUGAGUCUCAUGGUAUGGGAGAAAUCAUUUCAUAUAUGCUCGAUGUGUCAGUUUAGAUAAAGAUUAGCGUACGGCCGGGCCGUGGACAGUACGAGGGAUUGCUUGCUUUGGAAGACGGCGAUCAGUUAACUCUGCUUACUCAAGAGUUCCCCAGAAUAGAUGCAUAUGAGAGUCAUGCCUACUGUGUCAAAUUCAGUCUGUACAGGCAGUACUGUCAUUGUAAAUAA